AUGAACGCCGUACGCAAUUUUGUUUUCUCGAGGAAGUAUUACAUUUUCAGAACCCCCAUUUGCGGCCUCGGAAAGUCCGUCUUAGAAGAGUACCUGAAUCAAAUGUUUCCUCACGGACACAUCAUAGUCAGAUUGGAAUGUAGUAUCCCGCGACGACUCACAUCUGAGGAGGAUAAGGGGCUCGAGAAUCUCCGCACCGUCAACGGCCCUGCAGAGCAGCAGGAGAAAGGAGGCGCAGUCCACGUCAACGAGAAUGGCGACGCGGAAUUGAUGGAGCAGCAAGCAAAAGAACAAGAAUAUCUCUCUUGA